AUGUAUUUUAAAAUGAUUUUUAAGAUGAAUAUUAACUUUUGGCUUAGGUGGGUAAGGGAAAUUAUGCAAGGGUUUUUUCUGCAAAGCAUCGUAUAACAAAUAAAAAAAUAGCAGUAAAAUGUUUUAGUAAAGAAAAAUUAAUCAAUUCAGAAAAUGGAUUAGUAAAAAAAAUAUUUUUUAAUUUUUUUUAUUUUUUUUUUAAUUAUUUGGAGAAUUCUUUGUACAAAGAAAUUAAAAUCUUAUAGAACUUAGGAUCACAUUAAAAUAUUAUUGAAUUCAUAUCAGCCUAUGAAGGAAAUAAUACAUAUUAUUUAGUUUUAGGAAUAUUAGAAGGAGAAUCUUUGUUUUCUGUAAUCAAAAAAUCAAAGGAAAAAAACAAAUUUACUCAUUAAGAUAUACAAUUAAUAAUGA